CCGCGGUGCCGAAACGUAGGCAAUAGUCAUGCAGAAAAGAUGAGUUUGUUUCGUAUAUAAAUGGUAGUAGCAUCUUCAGUUAAUUCACAGUUCAUCUUCUAGCAUACAUCAGAAUACAGAGGAAGAACCACGAGAUAUCAGAGCAUGGCCAAGGUUUUUCUUAUUUUCACCUCGGCGGUGGUAGCUUGCGUAUUAGCCGAGCCCCCAGCUGACCGAUCGUACUUGCCACCAGGCGAGGACACUGGAGUUGCCUUGAGAGGACCACAGCCAUCCAGCCAAUACGGGACACCAUCAGGUGCUUCCAAUGGAUUCGGGCGUGGAAACUACCCCUCCAGCCAGUACAAUGCACCCUCCACCGGGUCUAAUGGAUUUGGUGGUUCUCCGUCUUCCCAGUACGGUGCUCCCACAGCCUCACGCAGAUCUGGUGGUGGUACUCCUUCUGCCAGAAAUGGAGUACCUUCCUCACAAUACGGCUCUCCUUCAGCUUCAAGCAGAUUUGGCGCAUCAUCUUUCGGUCGCAAUGGCGGUGUUCCUUCAAGUUCCGGGCGUCUUGGAGGAGCGCCCUCAAACCAAUAUGGUACACCUUCUGCUUUUGGUCGCAACGGAGCUUCUCCUACAACACAGUACGGUACUCCUUCAGGUCCGGGACGAUUCGGCAGUGAACCUUCUAACCAAUAUGCGUUUGGUCGGAAUGGUGGCUCCCCCUCUCCCCAGUAUGGAGCUCCAUCAGCGAACGGUGGAUUCGGUGGUGCUCCUUCAGCCAACGGUGGAUUCGGUAGCAAUCUGUCUUCCCGAUACAGCACUCCAUCAGGCUCAAACAAAUUUGGAGGUACCAAUGGGGUGUCUGGACCAUAUGCUUCAAACGGUGGAUACGAGUACUCUGGAAUACGCAGCGGAGGACAAGACGACGACCUCUCUGAACCAGCAAACUACGAAUUUUCUUACGAAGUUAACGACCCAGAUUCUGGAAGCGACUUUGGUCAGGAAGAGAGUCGACAAGACGAGGAAGCCAAAGGAACGUACUACGUCCUGCUUCCAGAUGGGCGUAAGCAGAUUGUAGAAUAUGAAGCCAAUGAGGAAGGUUACAAGCCAAUGAUCCGGUAUGAGGAAGCUGAAGGAGGUUACCCAGGAAGUCAGGGUGCUUACCCCGCACAGGGUGGAUACCCAGGAUCAUCGCAGAGAGGACAAGGGCCCUACUAAGAUAGUUAGUCAUUAGCAUAUCAGUCCCACGCCUUGUAUAGCAUACCAUUAUAUUUAAAUAUAUUAGACUGAAUGCCUAGUUAGAUCCGCUAGUUAACGUUGUAUAUGUGUGUAUCCAUUACAUUUAUCGUGCAUAAUAAAUAAUGAUAAAUUAUA